ACUUGUAGCCCAGAAGAGGAGGAAGCAGAAGAAGAAAAAGAAGACAAGACGAUCAGAUGAAGAGGGUAUUCGGCGCCAAGAAAGACAAGGAGCCUCCUCCUUCUAUUGGAGAUGCCUCCGACAGGAUUAAUAAAAGAGGGGAUACAGUGGACGAGAAGAUCAAGAAGCUUGAUGUGGAACUGAAUCGAUACAAAGAGCAGAUCAAGAAGACAAGGCCCGGCCCUGCCCAGGAAGCCGUAAAGGCCAGAGCCAUGCGGGUUCUCAAGCAAAAGCGAAUGUAUGAAGGACAGCGUGACAUGCUGUAUAAUCAGACAUUUAACCUCGAUCAAGUUGCUUUUGCUUCUGAGGGUAUCAAAGAUGCUCAGCAAACUAUGACAGCUCUGAAAUCUGCGAACAAGGAAUUGAAAGGAAUGAUGAAAACUGUUAAGAUUCAAGAUAUUGAUAAUUUGCAAGAUGAAAUGAUGGACCUGAUGGAUGUGAGUAAUGAAAUUCAAGAGACGCUUGGUAGAAGCUAUAGCGUUCCUGAUGACAUCGAUGAGGAGGAACUUAUGGGUGAGUUGGAUGCUCUAGAAGCAGACAUGGGCAUGGAAACUAAAUCUGAUGGGGUACCAUCCUAUCUCCAACCUGAUCGGGAAUCAGAUAUAGAUGGAGAGCUCAAUUUGCCUUCAGCACCCAUAGGACAUGCAGCAGUUCCAGCUGGAAGAACCAAUGGCCAGGCUGAGGAUGAAUUGGGUUUACCUGCUGUCCCUCGGGCAACACUUCGUGGAUAAGAGUAUGAUUAGCUUUCUCUUGUGCAUCAGGGGAGCUGAGUUCCAUUUGUAAACAUAUUGUGCAGAAGUAUUCAUAUUCAGAUUUUAGUGUUCAAAUUUAUGUAUUGGAUUAGCAAUUGUUGAUGGCUUGUGUGGCUUUCAACGUACUAUAAUAAUACUAGUGAUAUUUUGGAACGUAAAAGGAGGGAGGAAGUCACAUGAAUAAAAGGGUUAAUGUCUAUUAGUCCUAAAUUUAAGA